AUGACAGCCAGUCUUGCAUCUCCAAGUUUCGAGUUUGACACCAUCAUUAAAAAUGCUAGAAUAGUCACAGCUUCGGAAGUAUAUGAACACAUCUCAGCCAUAGGCAUCAAGGAUGGCGUCAUCCAGGCUAUCGCAACAUCUUUACCAGCAACCUCAUCGACGUUAGUUGUUGACGCCGAGGGAGCCUACGUGACGCCUGGUGGCAUUGACUCACACGUUCAUUUACACCAGGACAAUGCUCCGUCUGGUGACAAGUGGCUGUCCGGCUCUCGGUCUGCACUUGCUGGAGGCAACACUACCAUUCUCGCUUUUGCUACUCAGGAGCACAAAAACGACACUCUCUUUCCGGUCCUUGAGGAAUACCACGGGAGGGCAAGAGACCAGUGUUACAUAGACUACGGAUUCCACGUCAUCUUGACGAAGCCAAACCCGACCAUCCUCGAGCAUGAGCUGCCAAAACUGGCGGCGGAAGGAGGCAUCAGCAGUGUCAAGCUCUACAUGACCUACCCGGGCAAGAAAUUGGACGACGGCUCCAUGUUGAACAUCAUGAUGGCUACGCGAGAGCUUGGGAUGACCACCAUGAUCCACGCUGAGAACAGCGACAUGAUCGACCUGGUCACGAAAAAGCUGCUCGAACAUCAACGUACCAGUCCCUAUUACCACGCGCUUGCCCGGCCGCAGAUUGCAGAAUCCGAGGCCACUCACAGGGCUAUCGCGCUUGCAACACUCACCUCCGCACCGAUCCUGCUCGUCCACAUGUCGACGCCCGUGGCUCUAACACACGCCCGCAAGGCCCAGUCUAAGGAGCUCUUGCCAGUUCAUGCCGAGACCUGCCCUCACUACCUCUACCUGACGUCUCAACAACUAGCAUCCACCACCAACAUCCACCAAGACGAGCACGGCCACGUGCACGAAGACGAGGAUGAAUGGGCCGGAGCCAAGCAUAUAUGCGCACCACCCCUGCGGCACGACGAAUCCGACCUGCAGAGUCUCUGGGACGCCGUCAACAAUGGCACCAUCACCGUCAUCUCUUCAGACCAUGCUCCCACGUGCUACGACGAUGUAACCGGGAAGAAGAAGCCUGUCGAGGCAGCUAAAGCGCGAGGCGACGGCUCCAAGCCGACAUUUGCGGCAACGCCAAACGGCCUGCCGGGCAUUGAGACACGGCUGCCACUUCUGUUCCACGCCGCGACCAGUCCGGAUAUGAGACCGGAGCGGAGGAUCUCGCUGCCGAAGUUCGUGGCGGUGACGGCGACGAAUGCAGCGAAGCUGUAUGGCAUGGCUGGCAAAAAGGGCAGCAUUGCGCCUGGGUACGAUGCCGAUAUCACAGUUUGGUAUCCUGAAAGUGACGCAAGAGGGAAGACGAGGAUUGGGAACAAGAUGCUGCACCAUGCCAUUGACUAUACGCCGUUCGAGGGCAUGGAGGUCUGUAAUUGGCCGAGGAAGACGUUUCUGAGAGGGAGAUUAGUGUGGGACCGAGACAUUGAGUUGAAAGACGGAUAUGGGAAAGGACUGUUGGGAGGGCCAGGGGAUGGACAGUGGCUGAGUCGGAGCAGAGGUCAGGUGCUCGUUGGGCGCGUUGGGCAGACGCCGGCGGGCAUGAAAGUAGGAGAGCGGGAAGAAUGGGGAUUGAAAGUAUAA